GUCACUCUCAAGUAUACAGACUACGCACUGGCGAAGCAGUUCGAUAGACUCCUAGUCACGUUCCAGGACGAUGAUGUGGUUAUGGUGAAGUCGGAGGGCCGAACGACAAAGGCAAUGCGCCUAAUGUUUGGUCCGUACGUGGUCAAGCAACAACAGGGUCAAGGAUAUAUCCUAGCGAACAAAGACGGCACCCCCCCAAGCACGUUCAAGGGCAAGCCGGUCAGAGUGGAACUGUUGGGCCUGGUACAUAGAGCAACGGAUCCACCUCUGGCGAACGAGAUGUAG